GUUAAAUUUAAAACAUCAUUUCAGCAUACCUAAGAUUACAAGCGUUUCACCAUGGAAAAUAAGUGGGAGGAAAUUUUCAAUUACCUUUUAAAGGGUUCAUACCCUGCAGAGCUAAAUAAAGGGCAGAAGCAAAGCCUAAGGAAAUACUCCUCGAAAUUCAGGAUUCACGAUGGAGAACUACUCUUUGGCAGUCACAGAAGAGUCAUAAAGACAAAGGAGGAGGCUGUGAAUUUAUUUAAAGAAUUUCAUGCCUCACCUAUUGGAGGACAUACAGGAACCUUAAAAACACGAACUGCCAAGUGUUCACGGUUCUACUGGUAUGGCAUGACAGUGGAUAUUGACAAAUGGAUAUCUGAAUGCGACCAAUGUCAGCGGGUGGGACCACCCCCUGAAUGCAGUUAAAACUCUGGAAUGCAUCAAGGUCACCAUCUUUUGUAAUCGACUAGAUUUUAACAAUGCUAAGCAUUAUGUUAUUUAAUCUAUUAUGCAUUCAAAUCACUAAUAGUUAUCUGCUGUUUGGGAGCUCAUUGGCAUUGAUCUCACUGGUCCACUCCAAAAAACAUCUACUGGGUAUCAGUAUAUAUUGACAGUCACUGACUAUUUUUCCAAGUGGGUGGAGGCCUUUCCUCAAAAGACAAAGUCUGCAUUGGAAGUAGCCAAAAACCUUUGUACAGUCAUUUAUACACAUGGCUGCCCUAAGCGCAUACUGUCAGACCAAGGACGGGAGUUUGUCAAUCAAAUAAACAGCACACUUUGUGAGCUGCUCUCUAUUGAGAGGAGUGUUACGGCUGCUUACCAUCCCCAAACAAAUGGGCUUGAUGAGAAAACCAAUGAUAACAUCAAACGUCGAAAAAGAUACAGGACAAGUGGAAGCGGUCGUGGGACCAUACAAAAUUUAUGAUACCUCUUUUAGAACACUAUCGGUACAUGGCUGGCUUUCAGAUGAGGUCAAGUCAAGUCAAGUGGUUUUUAUUGUCGUUUCAACCAUAUACAGUUAGUACAGUACACAGCAAAACGAGACAACGUUCCUCCAGGACCAGAUCAUUGAUGCAUACCUGCACUGCAUUAUGAAAUUAGCCAAGAUACCUGUGCAUUGUUUGAAUGCUGUACUUGGGUCCUCUGUCUUUCAUCAUGGCCUUUUCAGAGUUGUUCAAAAGAUGAAGUUACCCACAGCCUCAACUUGGAUUUGUCCUGUAAACGUUGGAGGUCACUGGAUUUUAGUGAUUGUCAAAAUGGAUGAAAAAUCGCUCCUUGUGAUAGACCCCUUCGGUAAUGAAAAUAUGUACCAGAGAAAAAUGCUUUGGAAUUGGAGAAAUUUUUGGAAGACAAGAAAUGUCAGUGAAGGCCCGUGGACGAUCCAAACUGCAAAACACAAUCUGCAGCAGGACGGCUCUAGUUGUGGAGUCUUAAUUUUGAUGUUUGCAGAGCUCAUUCUCCAAGGCAGAAGUAUCUGCGUUGCUCAAACAGACACAGAGGAGGUCUCAGCCGCAAGAGUCAAAAUUGCAGCCACUCUUCUGGAAUGCAAAGAUGGUGUGGAAGAUCUCUGUGUUUCCUGCAACAUGUUGCAGUUUGAUGCUGAGGAGGAUUUCACAGAGAUGGUGCAGUGUGACAUAUGCUCAAGAUGGACGCACAAGGAGUGUACCCCUGCAACCCUUGCCUCAGAGCAUUUCAAGUGUAAAAAGUGUGUGUUAAAUGCAUAAUGUUUGCCUCAAACUAUGUUGUACAUAUUGUUGAUAAACAUAUUGUAUGUUUAAAUUUGUAUUAAAAUAUUUUUCAA